AAUCGAAUAAAAAAGAAAAAGAGAAAUUCCGGGGAAAAUACAUUGAGAUUGGAAGAUUCUCUCCUUCGAACUCUCCUUUCUUCUCUGUUUGUUUUCUUCUUCUCCCUCAGAUCUAAAAUCCAGAAACCACACCCUCUCUUUCUCUCUCUUCCUUCGAAGGGAACUGCGACGAUGUCAAGUGAUAGCGACGAGGAUGAGCUCCUCCAGAUGGCGCUGAAGGAGCAAGCGCAGCGAGAUCUCAACUACGGCAAAACCUCCAAUUCACGCAAGCCCGUCGCUAACUACGUCCAACAGCCGAAGAAACCCGGGCCUCCGUCCAAACAGUCCAACUCCAAAAGCGGAGUCGCUGACGAUGACGACGAUUCUGAAGUCGAGAUGCUCAGCAUCUCCAGCGGUGACGAGGAUAACGUCAAAGAUCCGGUUGCCGCCUCAAGGACCCGAGGCGCCGCCGCCGCCGCCGCCGCCGCCGGGAGACCGGCGCGCGAUGACGAUCGCGCCUGGGACGGCGAGGAGCCAAGUCGCUGGAAGCAUGUUGACGAGGCCGAGCUUGCUCGUAGGGUUCGUGAAAUGAGGGAAACAAGAACAGCACCAGUGGCUCAAAAGUUUGUGCCUCCAAAAUUUGAAAAUAAAGCUUCUGCAGUGGGUAGAAAGGGUCUUACCUACUUACAGUCAUUCCCUCGUGGCAUGGAAUGUGUUGAUCCACUGGGGUUGGGUAUCAUAGACAACAGAACACUAAGGCUGAUCACCGAGUCUUCACAUACUUCUCCCAAUAUUGACAAGGAUAUUCUGGAAGGCAACCUACGUGACAAAUUGAUGUAUUUUUCGGAGCACUUUGAUGCAAAGUUGUUUUUAGCACGGAUACACAGUAAUACCAGUGCUGCUGAUCUGGAGGCUGGUGCACUUGCUUUGAAAACUGAUUUCAAAAGUCGUACUGAGCAGAGAAAGCAGUUGGUUAAGGAUAACUUUGAUUGCUUUGUCUCUUGCAAAACAACAAUUGAUGAUAUUGAGUCAAAGUUAAGACGUAUUGAGGAUGAUCCUGAAGGGUCUGGGACUUCCCAUUUGUAUAAUAUUAUUCAGGGAGUCAGUUUGCAGGCUAACCGUGCUUUGAAGCCUUUAUUCGAGAGACAGGCUCAAGCAGAAAAAAUUAGGACUGUCCAAGGUAUGCUACAGAGGUUUCGAACACUUUUCAACCUGCCAAGUACUAUCUGUGGCAGCAUUAGUAAGGGUGAAUACGAUUUGGCAGUCAGGGAGUACAAGAAGGCCAAAUCAAUUGCUCUACCCUCUCAUAUUCAGGUAGGUAUACUAAAACGUGUUCUUGAAGAAGUUGAGAAAGUGAUGAAUGAUUUCAAGACCAUGCUUUUCCAAUCUAUGGAAGAUCCACAAAUAGAUCUAGCAAGUCUUGAGAAUACUGUGAGGUUACUGUUGGAUUUGGAGCCGGAGUCAGAUCCAGUAUGGCAUUAUUUGAAUAUACAGAAUCAGAGAAUUCGCGGUCUGCUCGAGAAGUGCACUUUAGAUCACGAGACUAGAAUGGAAAAUUUGCAUAAUGAUUUGCGUGACAGGGCUCUUUCUGAUGCCAGAUGGAUGCAGAUUCAAGAUGUGAAUGAUUCUUCAGAUAUCAACUACUCCCCUAUUGGUGAAGAGGUUGAUGGUUUAAGAGGAAGGUAUAUCCGUAGAUUAACUGCAGUUAUUGUCCAUCAUAUACCAGCAUUCUGGAAAGUUGCUCUGUCUGUUUUCAGUGGAAAAUUUGCUAAGUCUUCCCAAGUUUCCACUGAUUCAAAUUCCAACAGUUCUGCAAAUAAAAUUGAAGAAAAGGCUGGAGAUGUGAAAUACUCAAGUCAUUCUUUGGAUGAAAUUUCCGCAAUGAUAUGCAGCACAAUAUCACUGUAUGGAGUCAAGGUUACCAACAUUUUUCACGAUCUGGAGGAAUCAAAUGUCCUCCGGUCCUACAUGAGUGAGGCAAUAGAAGAUAUAUCUAAAGCAUGUGCAGCUUUGGAAUUGAAGGAAGCCGCACCUCCUAUUGCUGUUUGUGCCAUCCGAACAUUGCAAUCAGAGAUUACAAGGAUCUACGUACUGAGGCUCUGUUCUUGGAUGCGGGCAUCAGUUGAUGAGGUUUCAAAGGAUGUGACAUGGGUUAUUGUUUCAAUUCUUGAAAGGAAUAAAUCCCCAUACGCAAUCUCAUUCUUGCCUUUAAUGUUCCGUUCAGUUGUAGCUUCUGCAAUGGAUCAAAUCAAUUUGAUGCUUCAGUCCCUAAAGAAUGAGGCAACAAAGUCAGAGGACAUGUUUAUGCAACUUCAAGAAAUUCAAGAAUCUGUCAGACUUGCGUUUUUAAACUGCUUCCUGGAUUUUGCUGGUAGUUUGGAGCGUAUAAGUUUCGAAUUUGCCGAACAGAGAAUGGACGAAGAGGGCUCCCAGUUACCAAAUGGAUAUAUUCAUGAAUCAAAAAAUAUACCAUCUGAUCAUCAUGGAGGUGUUACUGAUCCCCAUCAAAAGUUAUUGAUUGUUCUAAGCAAUAUCGGAUAUUGCAAAGAUGAACUUUCAUAUGAGUUGUAUAACAAAUAUAAACACAUCUGGCUGCAUUCCAGCGGGAAGGAUGAAGGAAACAGUGAUGUAAAAGAUCUUGUGAACAGUUUCUCAGCGCUUGAAGGGAAGGUCCUUGAACAAUAUACUUUUGCAAAGGCAAACUUGAUCAGAUCUGCUGCCAUGAAUUAUCUGCUGAAUUCUGGCAUUCAUUGGGGAGCAGCGCCUGCAGUUAAAGGUGUCCGUGAUGCAGCAGUAGAGUUGCUGCAUACAUUGGUAGCUGUCCACGCAGAGGUUUUUGCUGGUGCUAAGCCUCUCUUAGAUAAAACACUUGGCAUUCUUGUGGAAGGCUUGAUUGACACAUUCAUCAGCAUUUUUCGUGAAAAUGAAGCUACUGAUCUCAGUGCACUUGAUACAAAUGGAUUUUGUCAGCUCAUGCUUGAGCUUGAGUACUUCGAGACUAUAUUAAACCCAUAUUUUACAUCGGAUGCUAGAGAUUCCUUGAAGGCUUUACAAGGAUUACUUUUGGAAAAAGCCACGGAGAGUGUGACCGAUGCUAUCGAGAAUGCAGGACAUAAUCGUCGGCCAACUCGCGGCAGUGAAGAUGCACUUGCAGAUGAUAAGCAACAAGGAACAAGUAUAUCUCCAGAUGAGCUCAUUUCUCUUGCGCAGCAGUACAGUUCCGAGUUCCUUCAAUUAGAGCUUGAGAGAACACGCAUUAACACAGCGUGCUUUGCAGAAUCUAUUCCUUUGGACACUAUGCCAGAACCAGCCAAAUCUGCCUACUCUCCCUUCAGGAACUCAAUGGAUUCUCCUAGCAAAACCUACAGAGGCACCAACAAAACCGGAUCCUCUAAUUUCCCUCGGCAUAGACAUUGAUGGGUAUAGAGUAGCAUCCUUUUUCUUUGUUUGCCUAUUAUGUAUUUAUUGUAGUAUAAUUUUGGUUUAGUAGUUAAAGAAAAUUUGUAUUCUUUGCACUGUUACCUCUCUGUAAAGGUGGAUGGCAAUUACCACAUAUAAUGAGUUUUGAAACAUAUGUCGGCAUUCCCGUAUGCCAACCGUGAGUGCAGUAAGUUUUGUUAUUUGAGUUGAAUGAGUUAUUUGGAUGC